GCGGUGGAGGCCGGAGCGCCCUCGGGCCUCGGCUCCAGAAGAUCUGGUAGAGUUGUCGGCCGCGGGGACAGCGGGGACCGAGGCAGCCGAGGCCAAGGUGGCGGGAUGAGCACGGGCCGCGGAGCAGGCCACAGGGGUAAACCAUUGAUGUAAAAGACUUGAUUCCAUAAUCUCCAUCUGCCCUAAUGCUGUCAUCUGGAGUAGAGACUCAGCCAGUUCCUCUUGACUCACUCAUGCCUGCUGUGGUACAUGAAUUAUACUCUGAACUCUCAGUAAGUGUCUCCAAAGAGCUUCAUGCUGAGAAGGAGCCCAGUAUGAUUCCAGAUGUAAACCCUGGAGCCUCAAGCUCUCAUGUAAGUCAGAAUGGGGUAUCAUCCCUGGAGCUGCAGAGGACUCGUGCAGAAGGCUGCUGUGAAGAAACCUUUGAGACCUUGGAUUACAGGAGCAAGCCUGGGUGGUGCGGACUAGUGGACCCUACAGCAAGAGGGCCUGUGACUUUUGAGGUCUUGGAUAGGGAAGAGAGAACCCAGAGCAUGGAGCCAAAGGUCUUCAGAGGUCAAGGAGACCAGGCGGAAGUUUUCAGAGACCCCUGUGAGGCAGCAAAGGAGGACCCAUGCCAGCAUUCCACAGCUUCUAAAGAAAAGAUCUGCCCCAGUCAGGAUGUCCUCCUGAUACAAUCCAGCAAAGAACCUGUAUGUGCAGACUUCUCUGGAGAUCUGCUAAAGAACAGAGGAAAUGUACACAGUACAACUGGAACUCUGCCAGAAGAAGACACAGAAGGGAACUGUGCCAUUUCCAAGAUGAACAAAGUGAAGGAAGAGUUGUGUGACUUAAACCUUGUCUGUGAAGCAGAAGAUGGUCACCAGCAGAUUCUCAACCACUAUAAGGAAAAACUCAGUUCUGCACACGAUCGUUCCACCACUGCAGGAAGCAAAGACUCUAUAAAACCCUUAGCAGAAAAUUCUAAAAUUUUAUAUCUCACAUCAUAUUUAUCUGGCCCCAAAUCCUUAGAAAGAAGUCGUUUUGAAGACAAUGGUUUAAUAAAGGAAUCUGCUGAAAAAAUACACAAGGUUGAGCAAAGCAAGAACUUCGCUUGUAGAGAAGAAAGUAAAGAACAGUAUUGCAGGCCCAGGAGUGAAAGAGGAGGUCUCUUUCUUUCCAGUGUCAGACAACAAGAGCAGGAUGGGUCUGGUGAAAAACAAGCUGUGGAGUCCAGUAAUCACAGUAACUGUAGCAUUCAGGCUAGGUCCUAUAUAGAGAACUAUAAUUCUGUGCCUAAUUCUUUUACUGAAGCAACAGAAAUAAUGUUUAAAAAAAAUGAUCUGAAAAUUCAAGGUAAUUUGGUAAAUUCCGAGGACCAUAGAAAAACUGUCAGUGAUGGGAACCAUCCUGAGAGACACUCUGAGGAAAGCAGUUUGUCCUUGUUGAUGCAUAUUGAAGAGCCAGAACAAAUAACAGAAAAGUCCAGUGCAUUAAAUGAAAAGAUUUACAAUACAGACUCUAAGUCUGUAGUCAGCAUCCAGAGAAAUCUGGAUGAUUCUCUGCCAAAUAAAGCAUCAUGCAGUGAUUUUCUGUCUGGAAGAAAAUUCCUUCAGAAUUUGAUACCUGCAGAUUCAGUAAGUUUUGAACAUAAUGAAAUAUCAAAACCCAAGAAGGGUACUGCAAAAUUAUCACCAUGUCCAGAGUUUGAUUGUAAACCUGCUUCGGAAAAGUGUGUACAGGCCUCACAUGACAUUUUACAUUUAGGUGAACCAAUCAUUGCCAGUGAGAUGAGUGAACUUUCUUGUAACAGUGAACUGAUUGUGCACAAAAUAGAACAUGAAUGUGUUUUAAAUCAACAAGUGUCCCUUAAUUCUCAAGAGCAUGUGACAUUAUUAACUGACUCUCUACUAGAUCUAAACAGAGAGAUGCCUUCAGCAACAAGCAGAGAUGCUCAACAGAGCCAUCAUUCUCUAAAGAGUGGAACAGAUGUUACCACCAAUACUCAAACCAUUCCUGCUGAGACAGAAUUGGAAGCCAUGUCUCCACAAGGUGACAAAACCUGUGGUGCCUCUUCAUACAUAUACACCUUAAAUGUCAAAAUAAGAAGCCCAGAAGGACAAAAAGAAAUGGCUGAUUCAGGUAUCAAAGAGCUACAUUCCACAUUCCUCUCAAGUGAGAAAGAAGCAGCUGGCUAUUCCUUUGACACAGAAUGUCAAAAUGUUCAGUCUCAGGAUACCUCCAGCUGUCCAUGCAGAACAAGAAAUGCACCUGAAAAGAGUGUGUUCUCUAUAUGUGCUGCCCUUGGACCCAGAAAAGAUAUCCCGAAUGUCAGCAACUGUAAAAUAAACUGUGGGAAUGCAUUUGAGUCCAGCAGUCACUGUUUCCAAAGACCCGAAGACUUUGUGGAAGAUAGUACCUUCUUGGAGAGUGAACCUGCUGGGAGGGAGACUCAGAGCGGCAUUGGAGGAGGCAGGGUUAGAAACGAGCUGACAGCAGGAGUGUCGGAUAGUGGAGCUUUAACCACAGCUACUCAUGCUAGCAGUCAUGUGGAAACCAGUGAGGAAGGACUGGGUGAGAAGAAAUGGGAUAAACACAAAGACACUGCAGUUUAUACACACAUCACCUCUGCUUGUGACACACAAGAACUGAACCAAUCGACAAACAUUCCAAGAACUGACACACUAGUGGACCAGUCUCUGACUGUUGUUUCAUCUCAUUUUAAAACCAUGUUCCAAGCAGCUGGAAGUCUUGACCAGAAAGCAGAUGAAGUUUCUGACUGUCAAGGUAACCAAAAUAGUCCAGACAAAUGGAGAAGCGAUGGUAAGCCAGCUUGGGAAGGACUAAACGGUGACCACCAAGAGACUAGCCCUAAGGGAAGCCGUAAGGAAAAGGAUUUGAUAGUUGGUUCAGACAGUAAAAACCUUGUGUUUUGUGGUAGUAUAGAGAAAAAAGGUUCCAAAGGAGCCUUUGAAAAUAGUCCUGGCUCUGAAGAGUUGACACACAGUGUGCUACAUGUGUGUCCAGACUGCCCAGUUGAACCUACAGAUGGUAUGCUAAACAUGGGAGCAUCUAGUCUAGCUGGUCAUUCUACAAGGCGAGAUAAAGGCGAGACCUUAAGGAGUACCUCAUCUCUUCGAGGAGAACUGAAUGUUGUAUUUAUAGGUACAACUAGCCAGAACUCAGAACUCUCAAAUGCUGCUGCUUCUACAGUAGACUCUCCUGAAAUAGUAAAAUCACGUGAAGAAAAAAUAUGCAGAUCUCUAAAAGACUGUGAAAUGGAAGAGCGUUCAGACUCUGCCAUUGAUCGUGAAGUAGAAUCUGUUGCCGAUAAUGAGCCAGAUAUAAGAGCACUAGAUAGAGGAGGCAUGUCUUUAAAUCAUAUUCAUUGUGAGCAUCAAGGUAAAGGAGGAUCUGUGACAGAGGGACUAGGAGCAAAUUCUGAGUUUGGUGAGAAGGAAACCUUUGAAUUAUCCUCAAAAGACUUGAUGUCUUCUAGAUGCCGAGACUCUGUUGACAGGCAUUCCCCUCUGUCUUCUCAAGAACAUUCACCCGCUGGUGUUCGUGGCAAAGCACCUAAAUUGAAACAUCUCUUUAAACCCAAAGAUGGUAAAAUGCUUCAUGAAAAUGUCAAGGAUUGCACAGUUCAGUCUGACAUGGAGGAAGGAAUACCAGCCGAUAUAAGUAACCCUGGUGAAGAAGAUGGCACAAAUGUCAGUGUGGACAAAAAUGUUUGCAAACCUUGUCAUUCUGGUGAGAAUUCCACAGAUAAGUAUUUGCCUUUGAUAAUGGAAACAGCAAUUAUAAUAAAUAAAGAGGAAAAGGGUAUGCACGCACUGUUAGAACAACACAUGUUGCCAGAUGAGAUGCAGAAUAAGAAGCAACCUGUGGCUGACCAAGAUGAGUCCAUCAUAAUGGAAGAAGUCGCCCUAAGAAAGCCUACCAAGAAAAAAAUGGCUAGACAGCUUCAGAGGUUGGAAGACCCAAAAGAAGAAAGCUUAUGUCAUCUGUUAAAGAGAGACAUUGAAUUAUGCACAGGUCAUCGGCUUCCUGGUACCUCCUGGAAAGAACAUGACCCCAGCUCUGCUGGGGGUGAUCAAAUACAUGGUGCCUUUGUGACACUGUCACAUCAGCAAAGAUUGCAUCCUUUAAAGAAGCAGCCUCAUCGAACAUGUAAGAGAAUUUCCUGCCUGGAGCCAGUCCCUGUGCGGAGAAAAAUAAGUAAAGUGAGAAAUUCUGAUUGUGGAAAGAGUUCCUCUAACCCCAUCCCCACAAAAGCACACAGACUUCUUAGCCCUUGUGCCGUGCCUGCCGCACCACUGGAACCUGAAGCAGUACCUAGCAAGAGCUUGCGUAGCCACAUACCAAAGCUGAAGGCUACUCUGUGCCACCCCUUGAGGAGCCUGAGUUGUAGGAAGCCUACCAAAGAAUCAGCCUUACUAAACAAGCUGUCUAUCCUUGCCUCCAAACUGGUUCUGGCCACAAAGCCCCAGAAACUCAGAUAUCGGCGGUAUUCCUCUUCCCUUGUUCCAUUGGCUAAAAGCUACAAGCGAUUCAGAUAUAAAAAGCUUCUAGAUGGAUUUUCACAUAAUGCAAUGCAGCUGGACCCAUAUUUGGCAGCUGCUGGAUGGGAUAGGAGGUCUAACAGUAAGCCCUUGGCACUUUAUUCUCUUGAAGCUGUCAAAAUGAACUUCAUAGAUUUGAGCAACAAGAUGCCAUCACUGCUGUUUGGUACUGAAAUCUUCCCAUUUUCCUUUCAUGUGAAAUCAGUAUCCAGUUGCACGGUUGAGUCCUCCAGGACUUUUCCUGAGCACUGUGCUCCAUCAAGGCUUGCCUUAGAGACCUCCCAGUGCUCAUCACCACCUCCCAAGUGGACCUUUUCUUUUUUCAUGUCCCACGGAUGCCCUGGGAUGGCCACAUUCAGGGAAGAUGCUGGCUUCUGUAGUCAGACACACACUCAGGCUCCUCCACAGACUCCAGCUCCUCUCCAAGACUAUGGAGGCACUGCCAUAGUCCAGACCAGAGCGGACUGCUCUGUCCUUGGCCUUCACACACUUCUAGCACUUUGUUCACCAGGAUGUUACCGAAUCUGGACAAAAAAACGGAGCUUCUCCAAUCACAUGCCUACCAUGCAGAGGCUCUUCUUGACCCAGUUUACACAGGGCUUAAAAGGGUUAAGGUCUCCAGCCUCUGUAGCAGACAAGGUCUUCUGCUCUCUGCCCUACUCAGUGGGCCGUGUGUUGUCCAUUUGGAGCCAGCAUGGGCCAUCCUGUACCUUCCAGUUGCCAGCUCUUUAUUCUAUUCACAGCAAGCAGCAAGAGAGCCUGAGCACCCUAAGCAGCCACACCGCCAUACCAAAUGUGCCUCUUCCAGGCUUGGAAGCUACCCAUAACACCAACAGCAGUCACAUGAGGCUAGAGCCUGUGUUCCCUGCCUUGGUUCCAAAGUCUUGCUUGGUAACAGAACCUGCUGUCAGCAAGCUCCUGCUUUCAACCUCUGAGUUCCAGGUCCCUGGGUUUGAUGAGCUGGAUGAUGUGUCAGCGGCAUGCCCUCGACCACAGAGCAACUCUGCACAACAGAAAGAGGCUGAGCCAGAGAAGAGACCAAAGAAAGUCUCACAGAUCCGAAUUCGGAAAACCAUUCCUAAACCAGAUCCCAACCUUACCCCAAUGGGCCUGCCUCGGCCCAAAAGGUUAAAGAAGAAAGAGUUUAGUUUAGAAGAAAUAUAUACAAACAAGAAUUACAAGUCUCCUCCUGCAAACAGGUGUUUAGAGACCAUCUUUGAGGAACCCAAAGAACGAAAUGGUACACUCAUCUCUGUCAGCCAGCAGAAAAGGAAGCGUGUCCUAGAAUUCCAGGAUUUUACCAUCCCCCGAAAGAGACGAGCUCGAGGCAAAGUGAAGCUGGUGGGCAGCUUCACCAGGGCCCAGAAGGCGGCUCUGCAGACUCGGGAGCUGGAUGCGCUUUUGAUUCAGAAGCUGCUGGAACUGGAGACUUUCUUUGCCAAGGAGGAGGAGCAGGAGCAGUCAGCAAGCUGCUGAGAACACCGCAGGGUCUCCAUUUGAAUCUUUUCAGAACUCCCUGAAAGAGGUUCCCUGAUUUUGCCCUAUGCCCAAACCACUCACAAUGCCCAGUCGGUGAAUUUUUACUUAUUUCAAGGUGCAGCCUUUUUAGGAGCUGUUGAAGAAGGCCCUCUAAUUCUACUGCUGAGUAUAGAGCCUCAGGAAUGCUCCCUUUCUCCUGGGAAUGGUCCUGAGUGGCAUCAGGCCACCUCCUUCCCUUCUCUCUCAUCACAGGUGGAAGAAGCCACACAUCUUAAGCAACACUAGGAAUCUAAGGACUCGGUGUUUGUGCAUCCACGUGAAAGUUCCUCUCUGUUUAUGGUGCUGCUUGACCAAGACGUAGAAAUCCAGCCUGGGGGGCUCCUGGCCACGUGGCCUGUGUGUUCCCACCAGCUCCUUUCAGUGGUUGAGAAGGAAUAACUGAGUCUGUCUGCCCAGGACCUUUAGUCUGAAAGAAUGUGUGUUUGUGUGUUUGUGGCUUUUCCCCAUCUUUCUCCCAUCUGUGACUGCGGGUCACUAGUGCCAGAGGAGCCCGUCCAGGCCCCAAUGUAAGUUGCACUUUUUUAAUGUUGUGGUGUUGAUUAUUUUCCCUUUUUUGUUUUUAUAUUAUUGCUGCAUGUUUGGGGUCUCUAAAUGUGAUUUUAAACACUUUGUAAGACAUUAAGGAGAAAGACAAUGCAUGUCUUAAGAGAACUUGUGACAGGCAUUUGAUCAGCACAUUGAUAGGGGCGUGUUUCCAUUCAUGUGUUUCAGGCAGCCCCUCCCUGUCUCCCGCUUCUCAUGUAGCUCAUUAGAGGAAGCACUUUUUCAUCCUCCUUCCCAGUCUUGCCCACUUAGCACACAUACCUGGUUAGUGACGUGUAAAAGCAGACCUCUCACAUAACCAUUUUAAGAAGAUUAAGGUUGAGUGUGGUUUUUCUCUGAAAUGACGGAGUUGGGAACAGUGGUGCUAGGGGCUGACCUAGAGCAUUUCUUGAAUGUCUGCUUCAGGAAUAGGAGAGAGUUAGUUGAUUGACAGAUGAGACCUAGCCAUCCAUCCCUUCAGCAAGAUCCCCAAUCCCAGAGCCAGUGCUCUCUGAGAGUGCCUCAUGAACUCUGGUCCUUUGUCAAACCUACUGGAAAUGAUUGCAUGCUGGAAGUAGUGCAGUUUCUAGGGUUGUCCCAGAAAGAGUCUGCAGGCAGUAGGCUGCCGUGUCUGAGCAGCAGCCCCACAGAGCUGUCUUCCCACCGUGCCCUCACCAUGCCACCUCCUUUCCUCAUGUUUUCUCAUUCCUGCUCUUUACAGCUAUCCCACAGUUUGUGUUCCAAUAGUUACCAUUCCUGGCUGAUGAGUAAGAUGCUCAACCCAGCCAUUGGACACUGGUCACCUCUUCCCAUCCUCCCAGCUCAGUCCAGGGAUGUUUCCUGUCUGUCUGAAGAGAAGAGUGAGUGGUGCUGUGCUGGAAUGUUAACCAGUACUCCUAGGAUUCUUUCAUCCUCUUGUUUAGUAGCCAGGGAGAAGGGUGAAGCUUUGAGGUCUUUUUGUGCCUUUUUUUGUAGGUGGAUGGUCUGGGCCACACUAGAACAGAAAAAUAAACAUGAGCAGAGGGGAAAAAAAUGUACUAUGACCUUUACCACCCCAGCUGUUAAAUAAGUUAACAGGCACAUGCUUGUCUGGGAGGCUUUGAAGGUCAUGACCCCAUAGGAUUAGAAGAGUGGGCUACCACACUGAUCCUCAUUGAUGUGUGCAGAUCCUCCUGUUUUACCCGUGUUGCCUAGACCAUACAAAUGUGGCCUCUGUUCACCUCAGUACCUCUCCCUUCCUGGGGCAGGAUUCUUAGAUACUCUGUGAUCCGAACUCUGUCCUGUUACUGCAGGAAGUACUAAGACACUGUACAUUAGACAGCUUUCAAGCUAGCAGGCAGUAGGCGGCCAUUCAUUAGUCUCACUACCAGAUCACCCAGGAGACAAGAGAUGAGGUGUGCACAGCUGUGGCACCAGCAGCAUGACAGCAGACCUUCAGGAUUUGCCCAUGACAAGUAGGGCACUUGAAAGGCUGGGAGCACAUCUGAACAGUGGCAGAACUAGAGAGAUCCAGUCCAUCCUUGCCCUGGGAAUGUAGGGGGAGCAGCAGUUCUUGGCCUUCCCUUAACAGGCUCUUCUACUUCCAAGCAAAGAGAAGUUGACUCAUUGGGUCAGUCCAUACUCAGCCACACCUGUCACACUGUCCACUUUCACUCUGAUCGACCAGCCUCAGGGACACAUCAGUGUCCUUGGAACCCGUGGCCUCUGACUAUGAAGGGAGAUACUGGCGGUUGGCAUGUCACCUGCCAGGACUACGGAUCUGUUCUGUGAUGGGAAUUGGUAGAAUUUCUAAGGAUGGGGUGUCCCCACCCCAAGUAUUGAAGUCGCCAUUAAGCACAACUGAAUAGCGCUUACCUCUGAAGUUACGGCUAUAGGGAAAGGAGAGAGCUCAGGUCUAACCAGAUGUCAGCCAUUUCCUUUGCCGUCUUUGAGUUUCCAGCUGUAACAGCCUCCUUCCCUCCGUUAGUGCCUCUCUUUUUUUCUGUCCUGCUGUCCUGUCCAGCUUUUCUCUCUGUUCAUCUAGAUGUACCUCAUCACCUGUUAAAGCAGAUUGCCUGCCUGCCUGCUGCCCUUACUGUAAGAGCUGACUGAGGGGGGAGGUGCAGUGGAAAGAUGUGUAGCUUUGCCUUACUCGAGCCUGAAGAGCUCAGAAACUCAUGCUGUGAAUCCCGAACUUUGUGCUCCUCCAAGAGCUGUGAAAAUCAUGACUUUUUUUUUCUCACAAUUUUGCCUGAAAGGGUCUUCUGUGAGGGCUCCAGAGCCAACCUGAGGUCAAUUUUAGAUCCCACUCUGUGGGCAUCCUUCCCUGGGGUAUAUCCCCUGCCCCCCAGGCUUAGAGCAGCAGCAAGCCUGCGGGACUGUGGCAGCAGGUCCAGGGCUGCAGUGCAGCCAAGAGGACAUGGCCCUUGACCUCCCAGGCUGGGGCCCCACCUGCUCUGUGUCGUGUGCAUUAAGAUCUGUGCAAGACCAACUUGUAGGUUGUGAUACUUUCCUCCUGGCACCUGAGGGGAGGGGAGUGUGCAGUUGGUGCUUUCUUUGAUCCCCUUGUUUUAUUUCUAUAGCUUUUCCCUUGGUAUCAUGAAAAGGGCCUUUGUAAUGACCACACAAUAGGUGGCUGUAUCCAAAGCAUAAAUAAUUGGCCAGAGGUAUGGAAUGUCCUCACCUGGACUCCUGUCAAGGAGAGGGCUGCUUUCCUGAACUGAACUUCUAUAUAGAACUGGCUAGGGAGACUUAGUUUUGUUCAAGUCACAAUUAAUAGUCCCUUUUAGCACACAUUGAGCAGCGAGGCUUUCUUGAUUGUGAAGCUGGGGUCCUCGUGUGGCAACCGUCCAGCACAGCAUGCUGAGAUUCAGGCUUGUUCUGUCUUUACGAGACUGACUGUCUGGUGUUGAACUGGGUUUGAAUUCUCAGCAAGAGGCCCCCUUGAGCUGGUAUCUGGGCCAGUAAGUUGCUGUCCCCAGUGUUCCUAUAUUAUCAUGGCUAAUAGUUCAGUGAAAUGUGUCCAUCUUUGGUAAUGUCGGUAUACAUGAUGCCCCUACAGUUCCUUUUCUGUUUGAUAGUUUGUGACUCUAAAUGCCCACUGUUACAUGAAUUAAUUUAUGAAAAUAAAUUUUUCUUGAAAACCUUUCA